AUGACGCUGCUUAACCUCGGACGAGUGGUUCAAACAUAUCCGACUGCCGAAGAGCUUCAACUGCUGACCACCAACCUUGCACUUUUGUUGAAGGUGUUCGAGAACCCCGUGAACGAGGACAUCAUCAAGGCCAAUGUGCCACAGUUCGUGACUAUCCUGGAUGUCCUGGAAAGCAUCGCACGUUCAUGCACAGAAUGCGCAAAGGCCUUGGACAUCGACCUUGCUGGAGCGAGAAUUGCGACCAAGACAGAGUCGCGUGGCAAGAGAUUUGUCAAACGGAUAUGGACUUUCAACAAGAUUUCUGACCUUCUCGCGGAAAUUCAACGCAAGGCUGAACAACUUCAACAGAUAUACAGCGCAAUUUUUGCUGUAAUGCUCCAGGACAUCUGGGUGCAACAGGGACGGACGAGUGGGAAGGAAACUGUUGAAUCCACCACCGUGACCACCGUACAAAAACCUACCGUACAUGAAAACUUGCACAACCUGGACCUCGGCACGGAUUUUGUUAACAUUGACCGGUUGGUGGGGAGUCUCAUAAAGGAAUGUGAAUACCUUCGGCGAAGACUUCGGAAAGCUACUCUGUUUCCCGACUCGUCGGCUGUUCAAAAUUAUCAUGAGCAAAACCCAGAAGCAGCAUCAUUUUGGAAGGAUCGAUUCCAAAAAGACGAACUCAACGCCUCGGCUCUUCGCUACGAGACGUUAUACGUUUCUUGGGCCCGCUUCGUACAUGAAGUAGAAACGUCUUUUGUUCUCAAAAAGAUCCCGACUGGAAUUUUCGAAACCGGAAACAUCGACCUCGUUUGCCAGAAAGGAUCUCGCUAUUCCAUCGAUCAAAACGGCACGCGUCGUCUUUCCACAAUCCGGCCUCUCUGGCUCCCGGCUCUUCGGGCUGCUCUCGAUCCGCUACACAAGGGUUACGUCAAGCCUCACGACUAUUUCGAUCUUCUUCACGACUCCUCCUUGUCUGACAGCCUCAGAAGGUUGGCCCCUCGAAAACGCAGGCUACGGUACACUUUUCCAACACCUCAUGAACUUGGAAUCGUUACCGAACGAGAGGCCAUGGAAUCAAGCACCGACACCCUCUUCGCUUACUUCAAAGAUACUAAUCGAGACGUUUACGUUCACGUACGCUACCUUCAGACCGGUCAAAUUGAGCGUAAAAGUCUCUCGAAGCGACUGGAAUCAGGUGGUCAUGCCUGGAGCAAUGACCUUCACAUCACCGAGUUCAGGGCAUGUUACGGAGGGCGGUACAUUAUUACGGCGGGUGUGGGCUCUACUGCUGUUGUGUUUUCAACGAGGCCGCUCAAGAAUUCCUUCAACAAAAUGUUACUGGACGACGACAACCCCUCAGGUUCUACCAUACCGGAAUUUGAGUUUACGCUUCUGGGGCCGUCAAAGGCAUUCAUCCACCACCGAAAAUUGGCGAAAAGGUUCAGGUACAUCGAGUACGACGGAUUUUGGUACGAUUCGAGAGUCACGGUAGUGGACGGCGAUGAGAUAGAGUAUGUCGAUUGGGACAGCGCACCGGAGCAAGUCCCAACCGAUAUCACAGAAGCUCAAGACGAUAGUGAAGGGGAUGAGAAAGAUAGUGGCAGCCUUUUCUUUUCCGAUGAGCAGUUGACGCAGCUCGGAAAGGGCACGCGGCGGCUAUGGCGACCAUGGCGGAGAAACAUCCAAAGGUACGACGUUCGACCUUAUCGUUGCUUCCAUAUCGGCGACUCUAUCGAGGCACCCGUCAUGUACCCGGAUUUCCGAUACCAUUACCAUGUUCCCAACAACUCGGAACUCUACCUUCCUGCUCGAAUCGUUGACGUUCAAGGCGACCAGUAUGUGAUCGAAUUCAGUCCGGCGCUUUCGGUUCAUACGUGGUGGCCAGGGAGGAUGUCUAAGGGUGAACAAAUAGAGCUAGUGCCAGGAUCAGGCAUUAAGGUAGCAAACCCGCUCGACUUUAAUCGCAUGACGGUAGGUAUGGAUCGGGUAUGUCCUUUCUCUGCAGGGCCACGACCGGUUCUAGGUGUUCAAUCAGUGAAGCCGUCUGGGUGGAGUUCAUUUCAGGGUGUUCGUCUCAGCAAUCUUGAGGAUCUUUUGGAGCGGAGUCUUUGGAACAACGACGGCGAUAGCCAGCGAUCGGGAUAUAAAGGCUGUAUGGCGUGA